CUCUGUUUCCCACUCAAAUCCAAUUCAAAACCCUAAUUCCCCAAAUUUCCCAAUUUUCUCUGUUUCUCAAAUUUUCUCUUGAAAAUGUCAGGUCGUGGAAAGGGAGGUAAGGGACUAGGAAAGGGAGGUGCAAAGAGACACAGGAAAGUUCUUCGUGAUAACAUUCAGGGAAUCACCAAGCCAGCGAUUCGUCGAUUGGCGAGAAGAGGUGGUGUUAAGAGAAUCAGUGGUUUGAUUUAUGAGGAAACAAGAGGAGUUCUUAAGAUUUUCUUGGAGAAUGUGAUUCGUGAUGCGGUUACGUACACUGAGCAUGCAAGGAGGAAGACUGUGACUGCUAUGGAUGUUGUUUAUGCUUUGAAGAGGCAAGGAAGAACGCUUUAUGGAUUCGGAGGUUGAAGAAGAUGAAUUGUAACAUGUGUUAAUGUGAAUCCUCUAAAUAAUGCUUAAUUUGGUUGUUAAUUAGGUUUUGUUGUUUCUUUGUAAGUUUAAAAUGGUUGAAAUCUAAUGAAAUAAUCUUUUAUGGUGAAUUA